AUGCAACAAGGUGAAGAAAUAGAUAUGAAGGAAUUAGAAGAACUUAUCACAAAAAAGUGUAAGGCUAGAGAGGAAGAAGUAUAAAAGCAGGUCACCUAAGAAGUGACUAAAUAUAAAGAAGAAUGUGAAAAAAUUUUACAAAACAUACAAAAAGAGCAUGAAAAAAUCCAAAAGCAAUAUGGAUAAGAUUAAGAAAAUUUUGAAAAACAAGAAAAGAAUUAUAAAAUUAUAAGGCUUCUUUAAAUGAAAUUACCUAGAAAUUUGAAUAAGAAUAAUAAAAAAAUCUUUAAUUAAAAGAAGAUUUUGAAAAAGAGAAAAUGA